CUCCUACCUGCACUGUGAGUGGGCCACUCUGCAGCAGCUCGAGAAGGACAAACGCAUUCAUCAGAAGAUCAAACGCUUUAAGGCCAAGAUGGCGCAGAUGAGGCACAUUUUCCAUGAGGACGAGGACCUCUUCAACCCUGACUACACUGAGGUUGACCGGCUGCUGGAGGAGUCGCACAGCGUGGACAAGGAUAAUGGGGAGCCCGUGGUCUAUUACCUGGUGAAGUGGUGCUCAUUGCCCUAUGAGGACAGCACCUGGGAGCUGAAGGAGGAUGUGGACGAGGCCAAGAUCGAGGAGUUUGAGCGUCUCCAGGCCCGUAAACCCAAACUGGGCCACGUGGAACGACCUCCGGCCAAAGCCUGGAAGAAGCUGGCGCUGUUCCGGGAGUACAAAAACAACAAUCAGCUCAGGGAGUACCAGCUCGAGGGUGUGAACUGGCUGCUCUUCAACUGGUACAACAGACAGAACUGCAUCCUGGCGGACGAGAUGGGCCUCGGUAAAACCAUUCAGUCCAUCACCUUCCUGGAGGAGGUCUACUCGGCCGACAUCCACGGCCCUUUCCUGGUCAUCGCCCCCCUCUCCACCAUCACCAACUGGGAGCGGGAGUUCAACACGUGGACCGACAUGAACGCCAUCGUAUACCACGGCAGCCUGGCCAGCCGGCAAAUGAUCCAGCAGUACGAGAUGUACUUCAGAGACUCGAAGGGUCACUUCAUUCCGGGGGCCUACCGAUUCGAUGCCCUGAUCACCACCUUUGAGAUGAUCCUGUCGGACUGCCCGGAGCUGCGUGAGAUCCAGUGGCGCUGCGUGAUCAUUGAUGAAGCUCACCGGCUCAAGAACAGGAACUGCAAGCUGCUGGAGGGACUCAAGCUCAUGGACCUGGAACACAAGGUCCUGCUGACCGGGACGCCGCUGCAGAACACGGUGGAGGAGCUGUUCAGCUUGUUAAACUUCCUGGAGCCCGCACAGUUCCCCCUGGAGUCUGCAUUCCUACAGGAGUUUGGAGAUCUGAAGACCGAGGAGCAGGUCCAGAAGCUGCAGGCUCUCCUGAAGCCAAUGAUGCUCCGGCGCCUGAAGGAGGACGUGGAGAAGAACCUGGCGCCCAAGGAGGAGACCAUCAUCGAGGUGGAGCUAACCAACAUCCAGAAGAAGUAUUACCGCGCUAUCCUGGAACGCAACUUCACCUUCCUGGCCAAGGGCGCCGGGCAGGCCAACGUCCCCAACCUCCUCAACACCAUGAUGGAGCUCCGCAAGUGCUGCAACCACCCUUACCUCAUCAACGGGGCUGAAGAAAAGAUUCUGGGGGAGUUCCGCGAGAUUCACGAUCCCAUUGCACUGGAUUUCCACCUGCAGGCUAUGAUCCAGUCAGCAGGGAAGUUGGUCCUGAUCGACAAGCUCCUGCCCAAGCUGAAAUCCGGGGGCCAUAAGGUGCUCAUCUUCUCCCAGAUGGUUCGAUGCCUGGACAUUCUGGAAGAUUACCUCAUUCAGAAGAGGUACCUGUACGAACGGAUUGAUGGCCGCGUGCGAGGGAACCUGAGGCAGGCAGCCAUCGACCGCUUCAGUAAGCCGGAUUCAGACCGCUUUGUCUUCCUGCUGUGUACGCGAGCAGGAGGUCUCGGCAUCAACCUGACCGCUGCCGACACCUGCAUCAUCUUCGACUCUGACUGGAACCCACAGAAUGACCUCCAGGCCCAGGCUCGCUGCCACAGAAUCGGACAGAGCAAGGCGGUGAAGGUAUAUCGUUUGAUCACACGGAACUCGUACGAGAGGGAGAUGUUUGACAAGGCGAGCCUGAAGCUGGGCCUAGACAAGGCUGUGCUGCAGUCCAUGAGCGGACGAGAGAACAAUGUCAAUGGGAUCCAGCAGUUCUCCAAGAAGGAGAUUGAGGACCUGCUGCGCAAGGGAGCCUACGGGGCCAUCAUGGAUGAGGAAGACGAGGGCUCCAAGUUCUGCGAGGAGGACAUCGACCAGAUCCUCUCCCGGAGGACCACCACCAUCACCAUCGAGACGGAGGGCAAGGGUUCGACGUUCGCCAAGGCCAGCUUCGUGGCUACCGGCAACAGGACGGACAUCUCUCUGGACGAUCCCAAUUUCUGGCAGAAGUGGGCGAAGAAGGCGGACAUCGACCUGGACAUGGUGAACAGGAGGAACAACCUGGUGAUCGACACCCCCCGGGUUCGCAAGCAGACCCGUCCCUUCAACACCACCAAGGACGAUGACGUGGAGCUCUCGGACAUGGAGAGCGACAACGACGAGCGCCCCAAGUCUCGGAGGUCCUACGAUCGGCGGCACGGUUAUGGGCGCACGGAGUGUUUCAGGGUGGAGAAGAAUCUUCUGGUCUACGGCUGGGGUCGCUGGAAGGACAUCCUGGCUCACGGCCGCUUCAAGCGGAGGAUGGCAGAGCGAGACGUGGAGGUAAUCUGUCGCACCAUUCUGGUGUACUGCCUGCUCCACUACAGGGGGGACGAGAAGAUCAAGGGCUUCAUCUGGGACCUGAUCACCCCCACCGAGAACGGGCAGACCAAGGAGCUGCAGAACCACUCAGGACUGUCCGCUCCGGUCCCCAGGGGUCGCAAAGGGAAGAAGAUCAAGAACCAGAGCAGCUCCUUCGACGUGCAGAAGGCCGUGUGGAUCCGCAAGUGCAACCCAGACAUCCUGCUCCACGACGACAGCUACAAGAAGCACCUCAAACACCACUGCAACAAGGUUCUGCUCAGGGUUCGAAUGCUUUACUACUUGAAGCAAGAGGUGAUUGGCGAUCAGGCUGACAGGGUCCUGGACGGAGCAGAUUUCAAUGACAUCGACGUGUGGAUCCCGGAGGUCGACACCAUGGAAGUCCCCGCUGACUGGUGGGACGAAGAUGCCGAUAAAUCGCUGCUGAUCGGGGUGUUCAAACACGGCUAUGAGAAGUAUAACACCAUGCGUGCAGACCCUGCCCUCUGCUUCCUGGAGCAGGUCGGCCGGCCCGAUGAGAAAGCCAUUGCAGCAGAACAGAGAGGGACAGAUAAUUUCGGUGACAUCGGCGACAGUGGCGAUUUCGACAGGGAUCUGGAGGAUCCAGAGUACAAGCCCCUCAUCCUGGGAAGAGAGCAGCGUGAUGAAGACGGAGAUGUCAUGGCGCUGGAUGAGGAUAUCUCGGUGGAUGGUGAUGAUGGGGAGCUUCGGAAAGAGGUCUUCAUGGGUGUGGGCCUGCACAGCCGAGCUCAGUAUUGGCCAACGCCUUCGGUGCUGACUGCCCGUCUGCGGAGACUCGUCACCGCUUACCAGCGCACCUACAAGCAGGAGCAGCAGAAGAUGGAGGCGGCGGAGAAGGGAGAUCGGAGGCGGCGACGCUGUGAAGCUGCCUUCAAGCUGAAAGAAAUCGCAAGGUGGACUGGGCGGGAGGAGUCCGACUUCUACCGGGUGGUGUCGACCUUUGGGGUGGAGUUUGACCCCCAGACGCGGCUGUACCAGUGGGGGAGGUUCCGGAACAUCGCCCGGCUGGAGAGGAAGACGGACGAGAUGCUCACCAAAUACUUCCAGAUGUUCAUGGCCAUGUGCCGGCGGGUGUGCGGACUGCCCCUGGAGGAAGGAGAAGAAUACCCGGACAUGAGCAUGCUGGUGAAGCAGGUGACAGAGGAGCGAGCUACGCGGACCCUGUACCGGAUCGAACUGCUCCGCAAGGUGCGGGAGCAAGUCCUGUGCCACCCGCAGCUGGAGGAACACCUGCGGCUGUGCCAGCCGGCGGCGGACUUACCGGACUGGUGGGAGAGCGGGCGCCACGACCUGGAGCUGCUGACCGGCGCCGCGCGGCACGGAGUGAGCCGGGCCGACUGCCACCUGAUGAACGACCCCGAGCUCUCCUUCCGGACCGCCCGCCUCAGUCACCUGCAGGGCCUGAACCCCGGCUCCCGGAGCUCCACCCCGCUGCUGCCCCAGUACCGGGCGGCCGGGACCGCCUCGCCCCUCCCCCUGCCCCCCAACCCGCCGGGGAGGCCCGCGGCGCCGCUGGACCACCGCGGCCUGGAGGAGGAGGAUUUCGGCUGCCCCGCCGACGCGGGCUCGGGGGCGGGACCGUGCCCGGGGGGCACGCGGCGCCGGGCCAGCCCCCCCGAGCCCCCGUCGCCGCUGGGGAAGCGGCCGCGCCCCCUCCCCCUCUCCCUCCCCCUCCCCCCCGCGACAGCGGCCGCCGCCGGCGAGGACUGGGACAAGGAGUCGGACUCGGAGUCGGACAAGUCCUCCUCCCCGGGGGUCUCCCCCAGCCUGUCAGACGUCAGCGACGACGAGAAGGACCCGGACGACAAACCGGCCUCUGAAGCUCCGUCACACUCGAAAACCUACGAUGAGGAGAGCAUGAUCUCGGUGAACACCUCUCGGGACGAGACCCAGGACGGCUUCCUGAACGAGGAUCUGGAUCCCGGCCUCGGGGACUUUCUCCAGGACAAGCCCCGGUUCCCGUCUUCCUGCUGGCCCAAGGACCGAGUGCUGAUCAACCGGAUUGACGUCGUGUGUCAGGCGGUACUGACCGGCAGGUGGCCGACUCCGAGACGUGCGCAGGGCGAGCCCGGCGCGGUGCCGGGGGAAGCUCCCCCCCCACCCUCGCUGACGGGCAGUCCGGGGGACUCCCCCGUCCCCACCCCCGGGAGCCUCACCAUCGACGAAGACUUGGCCUCGUCCCAGUUCACCAAGGUGAAGAAACAUAUUCGCGAGAAGGAGUUCACAGUCAAAAUUAACAAUGAGGACGGCCUGAAGCUGACCUUCCACAAACAGCGCAGGAAACGGCGGAAGAAGCUGGAGAUGGAGGCAGAGCGAGCCCGGCUGCGCCAGUACAUGAGCAGCAUCCAGGACGUCCAGUCGGCCUCGGACAGCGGGCAGGAGACUGGCGCCGACCCCCUGCGGCCCACCCCUCUCACCCCGUCCGCCCUGCUGGACCGCGCCUCCCCGCUGAAGCUGGGCCCAGACCACUACCGGCCGGUGACCGAGCCGGACCCGGACACGGUCAGGUGCCAGCUGGACGCGGUGCUGAGCGCCGGCGCCAACUCCCUGUGGCGGCAUUCGGUCAACGGGCAGCUGGCUGAUGGGCAGGCGCUGGCCAAGAAGAAGCGGGGGCGGCGGAAGAACGUGGAGGGGGCUGAGCUGCUCCUCUCGGCCCAGAGUAAAGGCCUGUGCGCGGCCAGCUUGGAGGCGGAGAAAAGCUUCGAGGAGGCGCAGCCGAGGCGGACGGAGGUGGACAUGGAGACCCGGAUCCCCGUGGUCAGCAAGGUGGACGGCACGGUGUUGGCGGGAGAAGAGGCCCCGCGGCGGAGGGAGCUGGACCUGUGGCUGAAGGAGCACCCAGACUUCAGCGUGGACCCCAGCUGUUUGGCGUUCAUCGAGGACCGGCCGAAGCAGAAGAGGCACCGGUGCCGGAACCCCCACAAACUAGACGUCAACACGCUGACCGGAGACGAGAGGGUUCCUGUCAUCAACAGGCGCAAUGGGAAGAAGCUUGGCGGUGGAUUUGCGCCUCCGAUCAAAAAUCUCCAGAAGUGGCUCCGGGAAAACGCAGAAUACGGAAUCGCUCAGGAAUGGGCUGAUGUAAUCAAACAGUCGGGCUACCUUCCGGAGGAGAUGUUUGACCGGAUCCUGACGGGCCCAGUUGUUCCGGAGGAGGGCAGGAAGAGGGGCCGGAGACCCAAGCACUUGGCGGCGGCCAUGCAGGUCAACUCGCUGCUGGCCAGCGGCGUGCUGGACGUCAACGCCUUCCAGAAGAACUUUCAGUCUCUGCAGCUGGGCAGCCUGUUGGCGUUCCCCCCGGGGGUCGAGGCCAAGGUCGGCGGCCGUGGGGAGAGCGGAGCCGGAGCCGGAGCAGGAGGAGGAGGAGGAGGCGCCGCCGUCGCCGCCGCUACCACCGGCCCCCCUGACCUCGCCCGCGAGCGGCUGGCGCCGGCGGCCCCCGAGGCCCCCAAGGCCUCCGGACCGCCGGCCCAGGGCCGCAACCACGCCUUGACCCUCAACUCUCUGGUGCUGUCCAACGUGUACGGGGGCAUGUUCCUGCCCCCGGGGUUCGGGAUGGGGCUCCCGCCGCUCUCCCUGCCUGGGCUGGGUCACCCGGCGGCCGGCAAGGGCCAGGAGGCCAGGGCGGUGCCCUUCGACCUGGUGGGGCGAGCGCCCGAGCUGGAGGACAGUCUUUCUCAGGGUUACGACAGCGCCGACGAGAAAGGGGACUACUCCCACUCCCUCAUCGACGACCCCAUGAUGCCCACCAACUCCGACCUCAGCGGGGAAGACUGAACCCCCACCCCCACCCCCCCCUACCAUCUCCCUCCCUCCCUCCAAACUCUCCUGUUCCCACUCCUCCCCCGCGUCUUGGACAUUGUUGUGGCGCACUCGUUGGCGGGGGGUGGGUGCGCGAGGGAGGGCCGUUCCC